UACAAUUUGGGCGACGCGAACUUUUGUCGGGGUUAAGUAGCGCGUCCUGCUAUCUCCGCACCUCUCCAGAUUGAUUAAUCACGGCGACGAAUAUAACAAAUGUUUAGCAGUUUGUUUGUACCAAUCAUGGUUAGUUUUGUAGGGCUCUCAAGCUAUCUACAUAUGCAGACAUGCCUUUCAUCGUAUUCAUCGUCAGCUGAAACAUUCAAGACCUAUCUCGUCUUUCCCCCACCGCCGCCGUCGAAACAUGGCGAGGCAAGCCUGGAAUUCCAAGACUAUGCUGGCAAAGCUGUGAUAUACAUGCUAGAGAGAAAGAGUACGCCAAUGCCUACAGGCGCCGUGGCGAACUGUAAAGUAAGAAAACGCAAGUUGGGGGUAUUGUAUGCCGCAGAAGGUAGAUGCAGAAACACACUUCAACCAAAGGAAAAAUGCCGCCAGAAAAGGAGUAGAAAGAGAAUUUGCUGUGAGAAGACAGUUGGACGUAUUAGUACGCGGGGCGAGAAAUAGCAAGCGGCCUACGUCCUUCUUUUGUGCUUUCCCUUGCCGUUGCUGCCGUUGCUGCCUUUCGCAUGAUGUUGGGUAGCCGUCGCUACAAGAGCCUCGAAGCCACGUGGUAAAUUGAGCUCUAGUGGUUUCGGCAGCUCCUGAUUAAUGAGUUCGAUAGCAGCCUUGAGAUUUGCUACAAGAAUGACAGUGGUGCCAAUCAUGUUGAA